GAAAGAAGAAAAAAUCUGGACACAGAUAUCUUAUCAUAUUAGAAAAGCUCUGUUAAAUUGUUUCUUUGGCGGUGAAUGGAGCUCUCCGCUGUUUGUUCGCGAAGCUUUGGAGGAGAUGGGCAUGCUGGCUUGCCUUCUGAUCGUAUUGGAGUUCGUGCAAAAGUGAUCUAUGCUGCUGCUCCCGCAAUGGGUCAUAAUCAGGUUGUGCCUCUAAUGCAUCAUGUUCAUUUCCUGCUUCCAAGCAAAUUGUUUGGAAGAGAAUGUGUUCCUCUUUGGACCGGAUGUGGUUUGGGACGACUUCCUGAAAGGGCAAGAGCUGGAUGCUGCUAUGCUGUAUCAUUAGGAAUUGGAGAUGCUGAAGUUUCUACUUCUGAAUUUGAAGAUUUUUCUGUUACCACGAGCGGUGUCAAUGGUUCUAACAAAUUGAAGAUAAGUGUUAAUGUCUCGGGUGCCAAAACUGAAGAGAUCUUUGGCAAGGUGUUUUCAAGAAUGGUUGAAGAUGCUCAACCUAUUCCAGGGUUUCGAAGAGUAAAAGGAGGAAAAACUCCCAAUGUAAGUUUCCUUAGUCUUUAUCUGUUUUGCUAUUGUUCUACAUUUAUGAAUAACAUCAAUGGAAAAAUAUAUUAAGCAUGACCCCAGGACUUGAUCUGAUAGGAGUUUGAACAGAAAUUCAUUGUCCAUUUUCUCUCCAUUUUCCCGAGUUUCGAAGUCUGCAGUCGCUCGUAAUGGUCGGCCCCAG